AUGCACGAAUCAAAGAAGUCACCUGAGAAGAUUGUGCACGGAUCCACAAAGUCUCCAAAGAAGCCUGAGACGGCUGAAGUGAAUGUUUCGACUGUUGUCAUCGAACUAGUGGAACCUGUUGAUGAUGCUGUAGUGGCAGAGAAAAUUCCUUCAAAAUCUGGUGUUUUUCGACGAUUGAAGAAAAGGACUAGGGGUUCACGAAAAUCUUCUCCUUCUAAUGUUCGUAAACCACAACUCUCUCAUCAAGGAUUCAUUUUUCGAGAAGUUCCAGCUCCAGUUUCGCCUUUGUCCAAGAAACGUAGAGCUGAAGAUGUGGCCAAACACAUUUCAAAGAAGAAUACACGGCAAUGA